AUGUGGCAGAGACGGUAUAACUGGGUCCUGGCGAGCACUGUAGCCUUGGGGCUUGUGCUUACCGUGCUCCUAAUCAAACUACCACACAAGAAAGAUAUUCGCAAUGCGGGCGUGGCUAUUUUCAAGGGCCAUUUACCUCCUGUUCCCGAUUACGAGGAUAGUCAUGUCGCGCACGAAGACGCAUAUACCGAGCCGAAGACUACGCAUACAUCGUCCGGGUCGGCGGGAUACACGAUACAUAAUCCCGCCGCAGAGUGGGAUCCAGCUUGGGACGAUAAGGGGAAAUGGCCCAAAUGGUCAAGACCAGUUACGACCUCAUCUGUCACGACUUCACCAUUGAAGUCGACCUUGAACUCCAACUCAACUGCGACGAACUCGUCGUCUAUCUCGCGCCAGAGAAUAGAUCAGUUCGUACGGUCGAUUCUCGACUUCGAAGACGACGAUACUUUCAAUCGUCUUUCCUGCCCCUCGAGUGUCGGAAGCAGAUACAGUCAAUUGCGCGAAACAGCGGAUACAAGCGGCCAAGUGCGAUAUUUCUUCGCGCUGAACAUGGGCGAGUCAGCGCGAGUCAUCACACGCAUGAUGAGUACUAUCGUCGAGGCGAUGCGGUUCUUGGGUCCGAAAAACUGUGCUGUAUCGAUUGUCGUUGAGAAGUCGGAUGACGGGACGAAUGAGAUACUGGCUGAGCUUAAGCCACGGGUUGAGGCGAUUGGAGCGCGGUUUUUCUUGGAUGAGGUUAGAUCUAUUCCGCGCAAUUCGACGGAGGCUUUGAAGGAGAAGCGUGUUGCGGAACUGAGGAAUAAGGUUCUUGAGCCGUUAAAGUUUGUUGGAGCGCAGGGGUUGAUAGAUGACUUGGCGGGGAUUUAUUCGCCGGAGGCAUUGAUUAUCUUUGUGGAUCAGAUUGCGCUGUGUCCGGAGGAUAUACUGGAGCUUGUAUUUCAGCAUGUGAAGCAGGGGGCGAGUAUGGCUUGUCCGUUUGUGUGGACCGGGAACGGGACACAGUUUGGGGAUCUCUUGGUGUCGAGGUCACUGGCGGGUGAUACGUUCUUUGAGAUUCCGCAUGAUGGAUCAUUGGCAUAUAGCCAGGAUUUAUUCUGGAAUGAUGAGGCUUCACGAGGCCAUUUCAAUACGUCUCGACCUUUCCAGGUGUUUUCGUGCUGGGGUGGAAUGGUCACAUUGGACGCAGCGUCCUUCGCUGAGAAGACGUUCAGGUUCCAGAGCAGCAGGCCUGGGGAGUGUCAGAUGGCGUCUGCCAUGUUACUUGCGAGGGACAUGUGGCGUCGAGGCCGUGCGAAGAUUCUAGCUGUUCCAUCAAUCAACGUCGCUCGAUAUGAUGAAGAGGCGGUUGGUGCAAAGGCCUUGCGGGGAUAUGUGAGCGACCAUGUCGACUCGUUGCAGCCGAGGUUGAACCAGACGGAGUACAUCUCAUGGCAGACAAAGCCACCGGGUAUGAUCAAGUGUCUGCCUGAUCUGAAGCAUUCCAAAUGGAUUGCACCGACCUGA